AUGUCAGAAACCACACCAUUAAAUCCAAUUAUUAUAGUUGGAGGAGGAUUAGCAGGAUUAUCAGCAGCUCAUCAAGCUUAUUUAAGAGGUGCAAAUGUUAUAUUAUUAGAUAAACAAGGAUUUUUAUCAGGUAAUUCAGGAAAAGCAACAUCAGGUAUAAAUGGAUCAUUAACAAGAACUCAAGUUAAAUUAAAUAUACCAGAUUCUGUUGAACAAUUUUAUGAAGAUACUUUAAAAACUGCAAAAGAUAGAGCAAAUCCAGAUUUAAUUAAAGUUUUAACUUAUAAUUCAGCUGAUGCUAUACAUUGGUUACAAGAAAUAUUUGGAUUAGAUCUUACUGUUGUAAGUAGAUUAGGUGGUCAUUCACAACCAAGAACUCAUCGUGGUCAUGAUUCAAAAUUUCCAGGAAUGGCUAUAACUUAUAGAUUAUUAGAAACUUUAGAAAAAUUAAGUGAAGAUGAACCAAAUAGAGUUUUAAUUUUAAAAAAUUGUCAAGUUAUUGAUUUAAUAAAAGAAGGUGAUUCAAAAAUUAUUGGAGUUAAAUAUAAAAAUUUAAAAAAUAAAUCUAAAUUUGAAUUAUUUGGACCAGUUAUUAUGUCAACAGGUGGUUAUGCAGCAGAUUUUACUAAAAAUUCAUUAUUAAGAAAAUAUAGACCUGAUAUUAUUGAUUUACCUUCUACAAAUGGUGUUCAUGCAACUGGAGAUGGUCAAAAAAUUAUUAUGAAAAAUAAUGGGGUUGGAAUAGAUAUGGAUAAAGUUCAAGUACAUCCAACAGGAUUAAUUGAUUUUAAUGAUAAAGAAGUAAUUGAAGGUAAAAAACAACCAAGAUUUUUAUUUUUAGGUGCUGAAGCCUUAAGAGGAGAAGGUGGUAUAAUGUUAAAUGGUAAAGGUGAAAGAUUUGUUGAUGAAUUAGGUACAAGAGAUUGGGUUAGUGGAGAAAUGGAAAAACAAAAUAAAUUAGGUAAUGGACCAAUAAGAUUAAUAUUAAGUGAAGAAAGUGAAAAAAAUCUUGAAUUUCAUAUAAAACAUUAUACUCAAAGAAAUUUAAUGAGAACUGUAACUGGAAAACAAUUAUGUAAAGAAAUUGGAUGUAGUGAAGAAACUUUAAAAAAUCAAUUAGAAAUUUAUAAUAAAGCAGCAAAAGGUGAAAUUAAAGAUCCUUAUGGUAAACAAUAUUUCCCAACAACUCCUUUCAUUUAUAAACCAGAUGCAAAAUAUCAUGUUUCAUUUAUAACUAGAGUUUUACAUUUUACAAUGGGUGGUGUGAAAAUUAACGAUAAAUCUCAAGUUUUAUCAAGUGAUGAUUCACCAUUUGAAGGAUUAUAUGCAGCUGGUGAAGUUGCAGGUGGGGUUCAUGGGCAUAAUAGAUUAGGUGGAUCUUCAUUAUUAGCUUGUGUUGUUUAUGGUAGACUAGCAGCUGAUGAAGCUUCAAGUUACACUUUCCAAAAAUUAUCAUCAACUCAGGCGGCUACUAAUUCUUCUCCAGAUCAACAAGAGACAGAGUCCAGUAGUAAUAAUGAGAAACAAGCAACUCAAAGAUUAAAUAUGAUUAAUUUGCAUAUCGAUCCAAAUAAUAAAAGAAUUAUUAUUGAUUUAAAUGAUGAUCAGUCAUCUACUCCACAACUUUCACAACAAUCACAACCACCACAACAACAAAAAGUACAAGAUCAACAACCAGAAAAAGAACAACAACCAGAAAAAGAACAACAACCCAAACAACAACAACAACAACAACAACACGCAUCAAAAAAACCAACUGCAUUCACAAUUCCCAAAAAGGAAUUCACAAUAGAAGAAAUUUCAAAACAUAAUACCGCAGAAGAUUGUUGGUGUAUUAUAAAAAAUGUAGUAGUAGAUUUAACAUCAUUUUUAAAUGAUCAUCCAGGUGGAUCACAAUCAAUUAUAAAUUUUGGAGGUAGAGAUGCUACUGAAAGUUUUGAAAUGUUACAUGAAGAUAAUUUUAUACCAAAAUAUGUUUCAAAUUGUGUUUUAGGAGUUGUUAAAGGUAAAUCAUCAGAAUUAGAUUUAUAA